CACACAGAUAUUUUUUUUUAAAAAUAAAAUAAAUAAAUAAAAAAAAAAUAAAGAAAAUUAAUAAAUAAAAUAAAUAAUUGUAAUAAUAAAAAAAAUGUCAUUAAAUAAAGUUAAUAGUAAAACAGAUAUUUUAAUUAUUGGUUGUGGAUGUAUUGGUUUAUCUACAGGUAUUGUUUUAUUAAAAACUGGUAAAUAUAAUGUACAAAUCUGGUCCAGAGAUUUACCACCAAACACUACCUCAAAUAAAGCAGCUGCCCUUUGGUAUCCAUUCCUUUGUAACCCACCAGAUUUAGUUGGUAAAUGGUCAGCAGAGACUAUGCAAUACUUUAAAGAUCAUAUCAUUGGUGAUCCAAAAUCAGGUACACUCAUUAAAAAAGUUAACGAAAUUUUUAGACGUGAACACAAAGAAGACCCAGAAUGGCGUCCAUACGUUCAAUCAUUUAGAAGAGCAAGAAAAGAUGAAUUACCAGAAGGUUAUGUCGAUGGUUUUGCAGUUGAUGAUGGCUUUGUAAUGGAUACCGAUAUGUAUAUGGACUAUUUAGUACAAACCUUCAAGUCAUUAGGUGGUUCAAUUGAACAAAGAGAAGUUGAAGACAUUCGUGAAGCUUUUGUACAUUAUGAUACCGUUAUUAAUUGCACCGGCUUAGGAUCACGUGAAUUAUUCAAAGACAAACUCAUUUACCCAAGUCGUGGUCAAAUCAUUGUAAUCAAGAAUUCAUCAGAACGUUCCAUUAUGGAUGAAGAGGAUCACAUUGCUUAUGUAAUUCCACGUAUUUCAAAUACUGUUUUAGGUGGAACCAAUCAAGAACACGAUUACAAUACCGAGCCAACCAAACAAGAUACCGAAGAAAUCUUAAAACGUGUUGCUAUGAUUUCACCACGUUUUGCUAAAAAUAGAAUCGAAAUUCAAGAUGUAAAAGUAGGACUCAGACCAUCAAGACACGAAAUUCGUUUAGAAAAUGAAUUCUUUGAAGGUGGUUCAAAAUUAGUCGUCCACAAUUAUGGUCAUGGUGGUAGUGGUUUUACUGUUAGUUGGGGUUGUGCUCUUGAAGCUUUAAGAGUAAUGGAAGCUGGUAUUCCAAAUUUACUUUUUUAUAAAAAACAACAACAACCAAAGCCACAAAGUAAAUUAUAAAUAAAUAAAUAAAAUAAAAAUAUAAAUGACUAAAAAAUAAAUAAAAUUAAAUAAAUAAUUAUAAAAUUUAUAAUU